AUGUUCAACGCACUGUUCUCCCGCUUCACCCGGAAGGAUUCCCCCAAGUCGACCUGGGAUACCUCUACUACCACGUCCCCUCCCUCCACCGUCCAAAACCAACAGCCGAGAAGCCCAUCGGCUCCAUCUACCACUCAUGUGGAGACCAAGCAGUCUGACGACCGGAUGCAGCUGCGCGGUGGUGGCGCGGGUGAUAUUUGCUGUGGACUUUGUGCUGGACUCCUCUGCUUCGAGUGCUGUGAGGAGUGCUGCUAG